AUGAUGGAAGGAGCGCCCGCGGCUGCACGGCACAGCGGCACCGGAGAGACAGGGAGGAGACAGUGCUCCCACAGAGAGCGCCCACCCGCGACAGCCACCUCCCGCCACUGCAAAGUCGGACUUCGGAAGCGCUCCCGCUUCCACACAGCGCAUACCCAACGGCGGCAGCGCCUCCCGCGCGACCCGAGCACGCUCCCGCCUCUCGCUGACGCCACGGGCGCGCGGCCCCGCCUCACGGCGACCGCCACGUACCUCAGCGCUUGGGAACGUCCCGCUCUCUCGCGCUAUCACGCCGCCGCGUGCGGCGCUGCCCAAUCAGAGCCCUCCGCGACGCCCGGGAGGGGGUCAGGGCUGGCCAAUCACUGUGCUCCGGGGGGCGGGAUCUGUCCCCAUGGAAACGACAGCCCGGGCCGCUGGAACGCCACCGGGCUGCCGCAUCGUGACGCGCAGGUCCUCGGCGGGACCCCCGGGAGCUGCUCCCUCUCCUCACCCCCACGCAGAGUUUCCACCUGGGAGGCAGCGGCUCCUCUCACGCCGCCGGGACGCAAGGUAGCAUCGCCCGCUCGCUGGCGGGCCUGGGGCGGGCGGGAGGCGCGGAGCGGAGGCCGGGCCGCGGGGCAGCUCCUGUCAAGAGAGCCGUUGGCCGCCGCGCGGGGCCGAGCCGGGGGGGGCGCCCUCCUCGGCGGCCGUUUAACGGCCGCCACUCCUGUCAGAUUCAAAAUAACGGUAGCGCGGCGGAGCAGCCCCCUGAGGCGGGGGUUCUGUGGCGCCUCCGGGGCUGAGGCAGCGGCGCUGGGGCCCCAGCCGCACGCGGGGUUGGGGGGGCAGCCCUCGCCUCCGGCCGCCGGAGGUGACGGUCCUCAGGAAGUAACGCGCCAGCAGCCCCGCGGGUGGGUGUGCGGGCGGCUCUCUUCAAAGCAGCAGGAGGAGUUGAGGCGUACCUGGCAGCGGCACGGCUUGAUGGGCGGGCAUUGCGCAACCACGGGAAAACCUCGGCUGCUUUGUCCCGGAGACCGGGCUGUCUCGCUAGAAAUGCUUGUCGACGUUACGCGCGCUAUAGUACCGCCGGGGGAACUAACAUCUCCACGGUUGUACGGUACAGCUGAGGCAGACUGUCUGUUCUGAGAAGCUUGAAAAGCUGUUCAAUCAGCCAGCUUCUAAAUGUAAAAAGAAUGAAGUGAGAAUGAACUGCAGUUAGAAAAAUAUAACAAAUACAAGAAUCAACAGAAAAGAAUCUGACCAAGGUAAACACAGCGAGAAGAAAGGGUUCCACCGUGUUUAUGUAUUUCAGUAAUACUAAGUGAAGCUGUAUUUAUGUGCAGUCUUAUUAUGUAAACACUUCUUCAAAAAAUGAGAAUGUGUUCUUGUGUAGAGAAAACUAAGGGGGGUGUACUCUAACUAUAGUUUGGGAAUCGUGUCCAGAUUGAAACCUGCUGGAUAUUGGUGAUGACGGAUAGAAACAAAAAAAAAGAACAUCGGAUCAGAGAAAAAAUAACGAAAGGAAAACUGUUUUGUCUUACCUGGGAGGGACAUUUACUGAAGGAGGAGUGAUGGAAAACGAUGCUUAUGUAUUAAUUAUUAAAAUGAUUAAAUCUCACGUAGGAAGAAAGCUAUGCAGAUGUUCUUGUAAUUUGAAAGAUAACUUGUAAAGUGAGAACUAGUGCAGAUCUCAGCUAUUUCGGUUUUCACCUUGAUUUCUGUGCGUGUCUUUGAGAAAUCUAGAUCUAGAGGUCUGAUGGCCUAAUAAAAAGACAUUUUCCCCAGAAAGAGAGUUUUAGCGUAGCCUUGUGAGCUGAAAGGGACUUUUACACUUGUUUCUCAAAAUUGUUGCCGUAUUUUAGCAUAGCUAAUACCAGUUUAACUUACGGACAGACACUGUGAAGCAGAUGCAUUACCUGUAGAUUCAUUAACUGUUGUCUUCGGUUAAGGUAUGGUAGCUUACAGUAACCAUGCAGCAAGUCUUCCUGAAAGAACAUGGAAGUACUAACACUGUUAUGUCAGGUGUUUCCAAACAAAAAACGUGGCAGAAUAAUAGUCUGUUUAUGUCUAUUUUGAACAUACUAAUUUUUUUUUUUUAAUGAAUGGGUGAGCUAAUCAAUAUAUAUCUUUUCAAAUCACUUUUAAAGAAGUGGAAAAUUAUGUGAAAUUGAACAUUAUUUAAACUGCUAAAUUGUAAGGACAAGUAUAUUGUUGAGAGAGCAAGGGCUAGCUGAAAGUGCCAAAGGAGUUCUUUGUAGAGUUCAUAUAUAAUAUUUGUAAUAUUCUCUUUCUAGUAUUGAGUUUAGUAUAUUCUUAGAAAGGUGAGGAUCAUUAGAUCUAUUGUAUCUCCUGGUUUGUUUCUAUUUUUUUUAAGGCAGCACUUCCUGUGAAGAGUAUUGACAUCUCCAACGUGCGUCAUUAAAAUAGGAAGUUGUGGUAGGGACAUGACUAUGGAGGGUAUUGCUGUCAUCCUGCAUGUAUGCACUGUUGCUCACAUAGGUUUAAUUAUUUCCCUAUCAGACAGAACAUGAGUGCAUCAAAAUGUAUGAAUAGGUCGGCUUAUUUUUGUAUUCUACAAGUCUGGAUUUAUGAUUACAUUACCCAUCACAGCACGCAUUGGUUUGGCAAGUACAGACAUGCAAUGUAGCAACAUUUGCAGUGCUAUACUGUUCUGCUUCGUAUCAUCUGCAGGCACUGUACACUGAUAUCACUGUAUGUGUUCACCCAUCUCAGCCUUUAAAAAUUUGACAUGGAGCAUUACUUAUCUAAAAGUAAUUGUUGUUUUGCUAGGAAGGUGAUGGAGACAUCAGCGCUGAAUCUGUGCUGUUUUCUGGACAAUAGUUAUUAAGUGAAUGAGAAGUACAUCUGAUGGCUGGGUAAAAUAGGUGUGCUAAUGCCAUGCUGAGCUGCUUGUGUUAGAGUUGUAAGCCUUAGAAGCUGUAUUUUGUACUUAUCUUUCAAAGGCCAUAGCUCUUUGUAAUUUCAGUGCCUGAUUCUGUUCCUCUGAAGCUGAUAGGAAUUUCUGAUUAUGUUUACUGGGAUCAAGAUGAAGGUUCCUGGCAGACAGCCCACUUCUUUUUUCUUUUCCAAUUGUAUUUUUCUGUCCAGGCAAGUACAUGGGUAGUCUGUUUUCUGCUACCUCAUACUUGUACCUCUCUCUAAGAGUUGUUUUUUUUUUUUUUUAUUAAAAUACUUUCUUCUCUGAGAAGUUCUGAUUUUUUGUUUUUCCCCCCAAAUAUUGUCUUUGUUUAUAACCUACAGUAUUUGCCACCCCUAGAGCAUUACUUUAUGAUUAGUUCUCUUUAUAAAGUAUAAAUAUUUAUCUCUGUCGCAUCAUUAGCUAAUUUGGAAAUUUAGGUUUGCAUAUUUUUGCUAAAAGCAGACUAGAGUUGUGCUAUCUUUUCAUCUAGGUGAGCUGCAUGUUUUUCUCAAGAAUUGCUUAGUUUCCAGAUGAAAUUUGUAACAUUUGCUCUGUUCACAUAUUGUUUACAAAGUAACCAGUGGAUUGUUAAAGUCGGCUGGGCAAAAUUUAUGUUUCUAUUAAACUGUUAAAUAGCAGGAAGUGGAAUCGUAGUUAAUAGUAGGCUAGAGCCAGGCGCCUAUGGCAGGGCACAAGAAUAUAUACUGUGCAUUAUAUACCCCUCAUGACAGUGACUAAAUUGCUCCACUUCUGCAGCGCUGUGACCAUCUCUUGGUUUGGCAGCUCCUAGUCUUUACAGAGGAAACUGGAUCCUUUAGUCAGCCUUGUAGACUCACUCUGAAAUGCGUGGGAGGGAUGGUCAUCUCUACAUAGAUUUCCCAAGGGUCAGGAACCGCUCAAGGUAGCUGACGGCACGCUGAAGAUGGGUUGAACUCUUAAUAGUAAAGUGUUAAAGAGGAACAAAAACCAAAACCCCUCUUUUCUUCUCAUCCUACCUCUCGUCACUUCCCUCUAGUUGGUGCAUUUGCAAAUCAUGCUGAGUUGUCUCUUGCAACUGGUUAAUGUCAGAGUUCACAGUGGGACUGGCUUGUCCCUUCUAAUACAUAUCAGAGUAGAGCAUGUGACUCAGUUGUGACUGUCACUUUGGGCUGUCACUGUGACUGUCUAAAGGUUGACACAUCUUAGUCAUCUGCUCUCAUAGAGACAGUUUUGAUGAAUAUUGUCUUGGAUUACUGGGAAACUAAUAUAGCAGAGGUUGUAUAACCAGGUGAGUUCCUCAAAAAGCUACUGGAAAUCCUGAGUUAAACGUAGUAGUCUCCGAAGUCAGCUGCAACAUCUUGUUAUCCAUUUCGAUCUUCUCUGCUUCUGAUUUUUUCUAGUACUUGUGGAAUUUUUUUUGGCCCGUUUUAUCAAAAUGGUGAUGAUAAAGACAUCCUAUACACAACCUGAAACAAAACUGCUUCAUGGGCACUGGAUAGUCUUUUUUUUUCAGAGCAGUGUAUCACAUCAAAUAGAUGUCAAAACAUUCUGUGCUAUCAUCCAAUCUUUCCCAUUACAUAUAACAGCAUGUAAUUACAGAGGCAGGUACUUUCAGAGGAACCUAAAUUACCUGUGAGCAGAAAUCCCACUGAAAGCCUGCAGAUCCAGUGGCAGUCAGUUUGAUUAGAGCUUUUGAUAGAGAAGCUCUGUGAUACUGCUGGGGUAGUUUAGGAUGAUACAGCUCCAGCUGCUCAUCUCUAAUCCCUACUCUCAUAUAAUGUUUUCAGAUCAAUCUAUUUGCUUAUUCCUCGGUUUCAGUUCAACUUGAACAUGUUAUGUAUCAGUUUCCCUGAGUAUCAAAGGAAAAAGUUUUCAAAGUUUGACAGCGUGCCCCCUUUGGCUUGAACUGACAAUCCCCAUCUGUACAAUUAUUCACAUCCCUAGAAGUUGUGGGUCGGUAACAUUAAGAAGAUUAUUUAUGUUUUUCAAAUGGGUCGAAGGCCAGGUGUAAGUGUUGAAAGUUGGUUUUAGUACCAUGGCACUGAUUCAUUCUUUGAAUGAAUUAUUUGAAUGAAUCAGUUCUUCGAACGGAUUCUUUGAAUUCAUUCCAUUCUUUGAAUGAGUCAAUGCCAUGAGUAUGCCAGACACAUGAGUUUCUAGCUUCUCCAACAUGGCUCAGCCCCACUACAUAACCUGUUGGAAUCAGGUGAAAUGAGCAUGUUCAAACGAUAGUCACACCUUGUUUUCAAAAACACUGUUUACAUGGUGUACAUAUCUGAGGUGGCUUAUGAUAACAUUAAGUUUUAUUUCUAUAAUUCUGUCUACAUGAAAGUACUUCAGUCCGGAAAAUAUUUAUCCAUGUAUCAGAGGUCUAAAUUUUUUAGCAUUAUCAGAAGCUAAAAUUUCUUUAAAUGCAUACUUCAAAAUAUAUAACUUAAUUUUUUUUUUUCUGAAAAUACCAAGAGAGUGUAAUUAUUUAAGUGGUAUACUUUAUAACUCUUGUUGUUGUUGUUUUUUUUCCAUAGCCGUCGUUCAGAUUUACUGCAUACUUACUGCAUUUCAAUUUCCAGUUUACCAAGAUGCCCCAUUAAUACCGUCCAAGAAUUCCAGCUUGGUGGAUUUUUGUUUUACCUGUGUUUUUUGUUGUUGUUUUUUACUGCAAUACUUUC